AUGCGGGCGGAGGAGCCGCUGGCGCUGGCGGCCCCGCGGGCGGGCGGCGAGGCGGAGGCGGAGGCGCCGGGCGAGGAGCGGAGCGGCGGCAGCUGCUGCAGCAGCGAGCGGCUGGUGAUCAACAUCUCGGGGCUGCGCUUCGAGACGCAGCUGCGGACCCUCUCCAUCUUCCCCGACACGCUGCUGGGCGACCCCAGUCGCCGGGUGCGCUACUUCGACCCGCUCCGCAAYGAGUACUUCUUCGACCGCAACCGGCCCAGCUUCGACGCCAUCCUCUACUAUUACCAGUCCGGGGGGCGGCUGCGCCGGCCGGUCCAUGUGCCCCUCGACAUCUUCCUGGAGGAGAUCCGCUUCUACCAGCUGGGCCAGGAGGCCAUCGAGACUUUCCGGGAGGACGAGGGCUUCAUCCAAGAGGAGGAGAAGCCCCUGCCCCAGCACCACUUCCAGCGCCAGGUCUGGCUGCUCUUUGAGUACCCCGAGAGCUCCGGGCCGGCCCGGGCCAUCGCCAUCGUCUCAGUGCUGGUCAUUCUCAUCUCUAUUGUCAUCUUCUGCCUGGAGACCCUGCCUGAGUUCCGCCAGGAGCCCAAGRGCCCCCAGCCCGCCUUCGGGGAGGCUGUGCCGCUCGGAGACGAGGCGCUGCUGCUGCCGCCGCUGCCGCCGCCGAGCGGGACCCCCCCGCCCCUGCGCCCUGCCGCCGGCUCCGGCCCGUUCUUCACAGACCCCUUCUUCCUCAUCGAGACCCUGUGUAUCAUCUGGUUCUCUUUCGAGCUCCUCGUGCGCUUCUUCGCCUGYCCCAGCAAGCCCGAGUUCUCCCGCAACAUCAUGAACAUCAUUGAYAUCGUGGCCAUCAUCCCYUACUUCAUCACCCUGGGCACCGAGCUGGCCCAGCAGCAGCAGCAGAAACAACAGCCCGGGAGCAGCAGCAACAAUGGGGGCCAGCAGCAAGCCAUGUCCCUGGCCAUCCUCAGAGUCAUCCGYCUGGUCAGAGUCUUCAGGAUCUUCAAGCUCUCCAGGCACUCGAAGGGGCUGCAGAUCUUAGGGAAGACUCUCCAGGCCAGCAUGAGGGAGCUGGGYCUCCUCAUCUUCUUYCUCUUCAUCGGGGUGAUCCUCUUCUCCAGYGCUGUCUACUUUGCAGAGACUGAUGACCCUGACUCCCUGUUCACCAGCAUCCCCGAUGCUUUCUGGUGGGCRGUKGUGUCCAUGACCACCGUGGGCUAUGGGGACAUGUAUCCCAUGACCAUUGGUGGCAAGAUCGUGGGCUCCUUGUGUGCCAUCGCUGGUGUGCUCACCAUUGCCCUGCCUGUCCCUGUCAUCGUGUCCAACUUCAACUACUUCUACCACCGAGAGACUGAUCAUGAAGAGCAGUGCCAGUACACCCAUGUCACCUGUGGCCAGCAACAGUCACCCUUCUCUGAGCCCAAGAAGGGGGACAGUAAUCAGUCUCUCAGCAAAUCUGAAUUCCUGGAAGCAGAAGACCUGGAGUCCAUGAAAUAUUCCAACUUCAUUCCUCCCAAUAACCAGGGAUAUAAAGAGAAGAAAAUGCUGACAGAGGUGUGAUGGGUUUUGUUGUCCUGGGUCCAGACACGGAGAUGCAAGCUGCUGUUACGGUUGUCUUCCUACAAGCAGCUGGAUCUAUUCAGCAUUUACACGCCAGACUGUGAAUUGUGAUACCGUAAACAGAAUGAUUGUGAUAAUGGGCUCUUCUGUCCUGAUUUGCUGUUUCUCAUUACUGUGUGCAGCCAGAAAUGUUGUUGCUUUAUUCCGUGGAGUGCUAGCUGUCAUCCCCACUCCYUUGUGCAUUUCCUUCUCUGCUUUUGAUGACUGCUUUAAUCCAACAUUUGCUCYGAAACCAAACCUUGUUACUCCACUAGCAGAGAAGCCCUUGCCAGUACUUCAGCUGAAGGAUUCAGCAGAGUAAACAGUUAAAGGGGCURUAAACAUCUGGCUCGAGCCGUGCCCUCAGUCCCUGUGCCAGCGCAGUGCCCUUGGCUGUGGGAUCAGUCACGCCUGCCAUGCCAUUGCCUUUGAAUAAUGGAAACGCUGCAGCCAGGACCACAGGGAGCUCUGCAGCUGUAGGGGAGAGCCAGCAAGCAGAUGUCUGCCUUCUUUGCAACCCUUGGCAUGCUAAAGAUCCUCCUGGUUUGUGUUUAAAAAAAAAAAAAAGGUGCAUAAAUCUAAAAGCUUUUUGCUACUUGUAACCAUACAUCGUGUAUCAAAAACAGGCUUAAAGCAAUCAACAGGCUUGGUGAAGAUUCUCUUUAUUUUUCGUUUAUCUCAGCCUUAUUUAUGCCUGUGCCCUGGUGUUAAUUGGCUUUUAUAGCACCAACUUAAUCUUCAUAGUGGUAAGUGCCUUCCGAUGCAAGGCGYGCUUGAGUGAAUUCAUUUGUUAUCUGCAGAGUUCAUCUUCACACAAUAGCAUUUAAUGAGAUGUGCUUUGUGCUUCAGAUACCCAGCUCUGUAUCCGGGCACGUGAGAGCUGUUGACUCCGCUGCUUUUUUUAAUCGAGCGUUUGUGUAGCUGAGGGAAGCUUGCAUGUUGGGCUUUUGUUGACAUGGCAGGGAAAUCCUGACCACAGACAGCUCCGCACCUGUGCUGUGCGAAGAUCGCGCUGGUUUAGCAAGUCACAGGCAGAAAAUGCCCCAGGGUGAGCAUGUCAGCAUUUGAGACUGAGGUUGGCACAGGUACAAGCUUCCCUGAGCUAUCUGCACAAUGCCAGCRGCAUCCUCCAGACUCUCUGAAUGAGGGGAGAAACAGCAAGCCUUGAAGAGAUGCUUUUGCUCUGGUACUGGUCGAGCCAUUUCCUGGGAUUUCAUGGAURGAAGGGACAGCAGUGUUUUUACACUUGGUUUUAUGGGAGCARUUUGUGCUAGCCAUGCAAAAUAUGCAUAGCUUGGCCUGCAGUGCCGGGUUUGCUAAGGGACCAGAGAUUUCUAUCUUCAAAUGCAUGUUUUGCUUCCCAGAUCAUUUCAUUUGUUUCAGUCAGCUCUGCCUUACACCUAACUUUAAAAAUGUUUCUUGUGCUGCCAGCAGGUGAGAAAGGGAAAUGGAUGCUUUCAGAUUCUACUGGCAAAUUUUCCUGCAAGGAAAAGUCUUCUUUAUUUUAAUUCUAGGUGUUUAUUCUGCAUUCACACAUCUGCAUGUGUAUAAAAGCAAAGGCAGCCAUUAAUGCCUUGCAUCAUACUGUACAAAAUGCAUAUUAGAAUGUACUACAUAUUGCAUGGGACACAUGUAAUACAUAAACCAGACAUAAUGCCAAGGUGCAAAAAUACAGAGAAUAGAUUUCAUGUAUAUAUUGUGCUUUUCUGCCAUAAGACUAAGAAUGCUAAAGGCAUAUCACAGAAUCAUAGAAUGGUCUGGGUUGGAAAGGACAUUUUAAAGAUCAUCUCUUCCCUUAUUGCACCAGACCAGGUUGCUCAGAGCCCCAUCCUUAUAACUUUGAUAUAGUCUGAACUGGCUAUGGAACUGGUUGUGAGAUGGGAUCUGUUUGCAUCUUCCCUCCCCUGCUUUCAGUUGUCUUGAGAYAUGGCUCCAUGCCUAGAAUGCUUUUAUUGUGGUCUCGCUUCAUCCUGGGCCUGCUCAUAUGGUAGAAGUUGUUUGUGCAAAUCCUAGCUGCUUCAUUUCUCCCGAKUCCUGUUGCCUUCUCAAAUGUUUUUAGUGUGCAGGGAUCUCCCCAGGGUCAGCACACAACCAUUAUAUUAAAACCUCUCUUCUCUCUCCCUGAAAUCAGUAGGAAAAUGCCACUUGUCUCAGUCUGGGAGACACAAGUUUGGUGUGGUGAGGGCUCAUAGCUCAGAGGGGUUUGCCUCAAUAAUGCCUACUUUCUCUCUGCUUCAUGGGACUGAGAUAAAGGUUUGUGAAGGUCUGAGCCUUGGGAGCCAUUCURCAUCCCUUGACAUGUGUAAUCAGCUGGUGGGUAAAUUAUCCUGGAGAAUAAGUGUGACUGAGGGGCCUGGUGGAACCUCUGUUGAUUUUGUGUUAGAGCUGUCCAGGUUACUGAGUUUAUCCAUUUCUUAGUGUAUCUUAGUUUUGGUGGUGUUCAAUUGUGUUUUGGGGUCGUUUUAAUGAAACCUUUACUGUGAGGCAAAGAGAGGGACUUCCCUUCCCUUUUUAUGUUGCUAGAAACUAGCAGAAGAAGCUGCUAUUUAARAGGGGUGUUUCGAGGCUGCUGCCCUCUCCCAGCAGAAUGCCCAUGUUUGGGGAUAUUUUAUGCCUGAGUCUAUCAGCUGAUAAAAGUUUCCCCAAAGUAAGAUAUAAAAAACUCAGGUUGAACACAAGUUCAGGAGGAGUCAUGAGACAUGCUGAGCCUACGUCAGAAAAUUCCUGUGCUCGUUUCUCCCCCUGGGCCUGGCCCUGUUGGCCCUGCCAGGCAGGAGCCCCCCCUGCCCAGAACAGGUUGUUCUCCUGACCAGCACGACAGAUGGGCAUGGAGACUCCAGCAAGAAAAGAUGUGAGGCAAGUCACUGGUAGCCCAGUCCCAGCAUGUUUUACACAGAUCCUCUUGGAAAGGGGUGUUCUGCCCUCAAGUGAAAUCCAGCAGUGAGUUUCCACGUGAAAUCCAGC